AAUUACAUAACCUCAACCUAGAUCACAAAAUUAGACUGUCCAACAAGUUCAAUAAUGUAAUGUCUAGACACGGCACACAACUAAACACUUUCAAAAACAUUGAUAGAUCCAAAUGGAUUUUGAACAUUAGCAACAAACACAUCCCUAACACUAUCUCUGAAUUUCUCAGUUUAGGCAGUAAUUUUGGCCUACCUUAUGACCACACUAACAAACACGACAGACUUCACACAGUGGUAGACGUAUUAAAAAACUUUGAAACGAAUUGCUAUAAAUUACCUACUAAUGAACUCCAAUCAAUCCGAGGUUCAGUAGCUACUUCUCUUCAUAGGUUUUUAUGCAAAACAAAGCAUCAAAAUCCGUUAGACAGGUACAUUCUAAAUCAGUUUACUGCUUGUAAAAAAUAUCUAUACAAUAAUAAUGACAUUUUAGUUACCAAAGCUGACAAAGGCCAAGUGACAGUUAUAAUGAACAGACAAGACUACAUUAACAACAUGACUUUUUUACUCAGUGACAAAUCUACAUACAAAAUAAUAAAAAACGAUCCUAUAAAUAAAUUAACGACAAAAGUUAAUUCAUUAGUGAAGUCGUGGCUAGACAACAAUAUUAUCGAUGACCACACAUACCGAAACUUGCGUUGCACCAAUGGAAAUCUACCACGAUGUUAUGGACUACCGAAGAUCCACAAGGCUGGAUAUCCUUUGCGCAUUAUAGUUUCGACCUUAGGAAGUCCUAUUUAUAAUGUCGCAAGUUUCAUCCACGCAAUAUUAAUCAAAUCCUUACAAAAACCAACAUCUCACAUCAAAGAUAGUUGGUCGUUUGUAAAAGCCAUCACACAGAGGCGAAUCAAGGAUGACGAGAUAUUAAUUUCCUUAGAUGUCACGGCCUUGUUCACUAACAUUCCAACAGAGUUAGUGAUCAAGGCAAUAGAAAAAAGAUGGUGUGAUAUCUCUAAGAUUACAAUCUUCACCUUAGACCAGCUUUUACAUGUCAUCAAAUUGAUAUUGGAAUCGACCAGCUUUCGCUUCUGUGGAAAAUACUAUGAACAAGUCUUCGGUAGUCCAAUGGGAUCUCCAUUGUCUCCAAUACUUGCGGACAUAGUGAUGGAUGAUCUGGAGACACAGUGCUUGCAGUCUUUAAAUUUUAAUAUUACGACUUUUCAUAGAUACGUUGACGAUAUUUUCACUAUAGUACCGACAUCUAAAAUUAAUGACAUACUCCUAGCUUUUAACACUUACCACCCUAGACUUAAGUUUACACACGAGACAGAGGUCAAUGAUUCUAUCAAUUUCCUAGAUACAACCGUCCAAAGAUGCGAUGGAUUAAUUACUAAUUGGUUCAGAAAACCCACAUUCUCUGGACGAUAUGUUAACUUUUUUUCAAACCAUCCUCUAAAAUAUAAAGUUAAUACAAUAGCAAACUUAGUUGACCGAGCAAUUAUCUUAUCUGACAGCCGUUUCCACCAAGAUAACAUCCAAAUUGUAAAAAACAUUUUAACAAAUAAUUGCUUUCCUACUAAACUCAUCGACAAACAUAUUAAAUCGAGACUUAAACAAAUUAAAUUCCAAAACAACACUAAUGACCAGCCAAAAAUUUUUGAUCCUCGUGGAUAUAUAAGAUUCCCAUACAUCAAGGGUGUUAGUGAAAGUGUUAACCACAAGCUUAGGAAAGUCGGCAUUAACACGUUAUUGACCAUCCCAAAAAAACUCGAUUGUAUCAUAAAAAAAGAAAAGGAUGCCUUGACCAAUGACCAAAAGGUAGAAGUAGUAUAUAAGAUUGACUGCAAGUACUGUAACGCUUCAUAUGUUGGACAGACCAAGCGACAUUUAAAAACUCGUAUUAAUGAACAUGCGAAAGAUAUUAUGAAACACGUAGGCAACCACUCAGUGGUCAGUAAACACCGUACAUCACUGGGUCAUGAUUUCGAUUGGUCUACUCCGCAUGUAUUACACAGAGAGAGUAACACAAGAAGGAGAGAGAUAGCCGAAAUGGUUUUUAUAAAAAGGACUAAAGAUACAAUCAAUUUACAAAAUGACACGGAAAAUCUCAACGAUAUUUAUGACCGAAUCAUAGAUUUAACUUAAUUCUGACACUAUCUUCUAUUUAUUCAUUUAUGUUAUUUAUUGCUUGACCUAUUAUUUGACUUUUACUUGUUUGCACCGAUACCCUUUACAUAUCGAAUUUUAGUCAGUCAUGUUUUGUCAGUGCUCAAGAUAAGUUCACGUAAUAUUUUAGGAUUAUAAUGACCAUCCUCACAACACCACUAAAUACACGUGAUCCUAUGCACGAUUAAUACAGAUAAUACACAUUUAUACAACCGUCAAACUAAUAUCACAAAUGUUAACACUGUAUCAAUCUGUAAAAUUUAAAAUUGCAGUUACACUUGCUUGAAAAGGACCAAAACCCAUGGUCGAAACGUAGCG